AUGUCUCACUCGGAUCCCCGAAGAGUUAAAAUUGGAAUCUUAGUUCCAUCAUCCAAUACAGCACUUGAGCCUUUGACAAAUGCCAUUCUCAACUCCAUACCCUCCUCAGAAGCCAUUGUAACGGCGCACUUUUCUCGGUUUCCCGUCACAAAGAUUGCCCUUUCAGACAAAGCACUCGCUCAAUUCGACCCAGAAAAGAUACUCUUCGCUGCACAACUAUUAGCAGAUGCCAAAGUAGACAUUAUAGGCUGGAGUGGCACGUCAUCAGGCUGGCUAGGCUUCGAAGCAGAUGAAGAUCUAUGUCGCCAGAUUGAGAAGCGGACAGGAAUCCAAGCGACAACCUCCGUCCUUGCCCUGAACAAGGCAUUGAAAAAGAUAGAAGCAUCAAAAUUAGGACUCGUUACACCCUAUGUCGAUGAUGUACAAGCCGCAAUAAUCAAAAAUUAUGCCGCAAUUGGUAUUGAUGCUUCGGCCGAACGUCAUUUACGACAAACAAAUAAUGUCAUGUUCGCGAGUCUAGACGAGAAAUUUUUUGAUCGUAUGGUGGAAGGAGUUGUCAAAGAAGGAGCAAGAGUCGUAAGUACGUUUUGCACGAAUAUGAGUACAGCGCAGCAUGUGGACCGAUGGGAAAGGGAUUUGGAGGUGACCGUACUGGAUACGGUGACAACGGUUCUCUGGGAUGCUCUGAGGUUGUGUAAGGUCAGAACGGAAACGAUCAAAGGAUGGGGGAGUAUCAUGAACAUCCAAUAAGCUAUCGGUUACGUUUUGAAAAUCGAUCCUUCAGAAAAUACGAUCCUAUCGUGAUUAUCAAGGAAUUGCAGAACCAAGCUGUCUUCCACAGUUUAUUUUCCAGUUUACUAUACAGAAUGAAAACCCGUUGAGCCUGGUCUUCAGAUGUUUUUACUGGAAAACAUCGAAUUCACUCAGUCCAUGAUAAAGAAAGUGCAUAAAAAAAAGCGAAGUCGCUUAAAAUAACUGGCUGCAAUAUGUUCGCAUCGAUUGAUACUGGGGGACCGGAGCCGUGAUGAUGCGGAGGAGAUAGCCGAGGGCCCUCGACCUAACGGGGAAGUGCGACACAAACCAAGGUCCACCACCAUCACAUCUGAAUUACUACGCAAUCACAGUAAUU